AUGGGUAUCCCAAAAUUCUUCAGAUUUAUAUCGGAAAGAUGGCCUACUAUAUCACAACAAAUAGAUGGAUCACAAAUACCAGAGUUUGAUAAUUUAUAUCUUGAUAUGAAUUCAAUCUUACAUGCUUGUACCCAUUCUAAUGACGGUACUAUAACAAAGUUAACUGAUGAUCAAAUGUAUGGAGCUAUAUUUCAAUAUAUUGAACACUUAUUCGAAAUAAUCAAGCCUCAGCAGACCUUUUAUAUGGCAAUUGAUGGUGUUGCUCCAAGAGCUAAAAUGAAUCAACAAAGAGCUAGAAGAUUCAGAACAGCCUAUGAAGCUGAAGAAAACUUGAAGAAAGCUAUAAAAGAAGGUUUAGAAGUUCCAAAGGAUGAUCCUUUUGAUUCAAAUUCUAUUACCCCUGGUACCUUGUUCAUGUCUAAAUUGACUGAUAAUUUGAAGUAUUUCAUUCAUAAAAAGGUUUCUGAAGACUCCAAUUGGGCAAAUAUUAAGAUUAUUUUAUCAGGUCACGAAGUUCCAGGAGAAGGAGAACAUAAGAUCAUGGAAUAUAUUAGACACAUGAAAAGUCAAAAAGACUACAAUUCUAAUUUAAGACACUGUAUUUAUGGAUUAGAUGCUGAUUUAAUUAUGUUGGGAUUAGUUAGUCACGAUCCCCAUUUCGCUUUGUUGAGAGAAGAAGUCACCUUCGGUCCAAGAUCAAAGAACAAAUCAACAAACGUUAGUGACCAAACAUUUUUCCUCUUACAUGUAUCAUUAUUGAGAGAGUAUAUGUCAUUAGAAUUUCAGGAAUUAGACAACGAGUUGAAUUUUGAGUACGACUUUGAAAGAAUCUUGGAUGACUUCAUUUUAAUCAUGUAUGUCAUUGGUAACGAUUUCUUACCCAAUUUACCUGAUUUAUUCAUCAACAAAGGUGCUUUUCCAUUAUUGAUUGAAACUUUCAAACAAAGUUUGAGACAAAUGGAUGGUUACAUUAAUGAAGGUGGAAGAAUUAAUUUGAAAAGAUUGAGCAUCUGGUUGAAAUAUUUAUCCCAAUUCGAAUUGGAGAAUUUUGAAAAAGCUGAUGUAGAUAUCGAUUGGUUCAACAAGCGUUUAGAAGAUAUUUCCAUUACUGGAGAAAAGAAAAGAGAGAAAUUAGGAAAAUUGAUCAUCAGUAAAGACGAAAAAAAAUUAGUUGGGUUUAUCAAACCUUGGUUGAUGGAAGUGAUCAAUUUGGAUUAUAAAACAUUGGAAUCCUCAAUUUCCAAUGAUUCUUCUAAGGUUUCUAUUAACUUGAACUCUCAACAUUCGAACGAUUUUAUCUUGAAAAACUUCGAAUUUUUAAAGAAACUUUGUCAAGAAUUAGGUUUGUUGAUUAUUCAUUCGAGAUCGAAAGAUAAUUAUUUGAUUCAAUUAGACGUGGACGGUAUAAAUCCCCAGGAAACAGAUGAAGAUUUCAACGAACGAAUUAACGAUACAAAGAAAGUCUUCAAGAAAUAUCAAUCGGCAGACUUAUUUGAGACAGACUCAUUCGUCGAAGAGUCUAAAGACGUUUAUAAUAAAAAGUUCAUGGACUGGAAAGAUGGUUAUUACAAAGAUAAAUUAGGGUUUUCCAUCUAUGAUGAAAAGGAAAUGGUCGAAUUGACUAAACAUUAUAUCGAAGGUUUACAAUGGGUCUUAUUCUAUUACUACAAGGGUUGUCAAUCAUGGAGUUGGUAUUACAAAUAUCAUUAUUCUCCUCGUAUUUCUGAUAUCACUAUUGGAUUACAAUAUUUAUUAGACCACGAAGAAGCGAUUGAAUUCGAAAUGUCCAAACCUUUCAAGCCUUUUGAACAAUUGAUGGCUGUCUUACCAGCUAGAUCGAAGAAAUUAAUGCCCUUAAUUUAUCAAAAUCUCAUGAUUGAUCCUCAAAGUCCAAUAAUUGACUUCUACCCUCAUGAGGUUGACAUUGACAUGAAUGGUAAAACUGCUAGUUGGGAAGCUGUCGUUUUAUUGAGUUUUGUUGAUGAGAAAAAAUUGAUCGAUGUUUUGAAACCGAUCGAGGCCAAAUUGACCCCUGAGGAGACUAAACGUAAUUCUUUCGGUGGAGACAUUCAAUUCAUUCAUAAUCCUCAAUUCGAUUCACUUUAUCCUUCUCCAUUGCCAGGAUUUUUCAAUGAUGUGGAACAUGACAGAUGUAUCGAAGGGGUUUUUAAAUUACCACCAAUUGAUAAUUUCAAAGUCGGUUUAUUAGAAAAUGCUAAGGUUGGUAAAGAAGCCUUAGCUGGCUUCCCAACUUUAUUCAACUUGCCGUUCGAAUCUGAGUUGAUUUUGAAUGAAACAAGAGUUUUCCAAAUGGGUUCUAGAUCUGAAUCAAUGGUUUUGAAAGUUGACAACAUCUGGGAAGAAUACACAAGUCAACAAUUUUCCGACAAAUUCUUAGGAGAAAUUGUUUAUACUAGAUAUCCCUACUUGAGGGAAUCCAAAUUGGUCGAAAUUGUCGACGGUGAACACAAAUAUGAGUUCAAGGGUAAAAAAUUGGUUACUGAGUUGGAAUCAUCAGAGAUCAAAGACUUCAAGCAAGAAUUAACUAAUAUCAACUACGAUUAUUUGAAAACCAAAGCUAUUCAAAUGAAAGCUACCAAAUUAAUAAGGGUUUUACCUGUCAACGGGUUGAUCAGAAAUUCAAGUGGUGCAAUGGUCAAAACAUUUAGUAAAACAGUCGAGACCUACCCAAUGGAGUUAAUGAUUGAAUCGGUUAUCAAUCAAGAUGAUCGUUUUAAAACUAGACCUCCUUUACCGAUCGAUGAAGAAUUCCCAACUAACAGCCAAGUUAUCUUCUUAGGUGCUUUCGGGUAUGGUGCUCCAAGUUUAGUUGUCGGAUACUCACCUGAUAAUAUGAAAUUGAAUAUCAAGGUUAGCAAAAUUGCUCUUGGAGAUGAAUUAUUCAUCGGAAAAGAAAGACAAGAGAUUGAAAAAAGAGAAAUUCAAUACUACCCAUCCUUUGAUGUAUGCAAAAGAAUUGGAGUACCACCAUUGUUCUUAAGUAAAUUAACUAGUGGUUACAUGAUCGAAGACGAUUCCAACAAGAAACAAAUUAAAAAGGUGAAUGUUGGUUUAGAAUUGAAAUUUGAAGGAAGAAGAUUGAAAGUCUUAGGUUACACCAAGAAGUCAGGUAAGUUCUGGCAAUUCAGUCCCUUGGCUGUCAAAUUGAUCCAAGAUUACAAGGUUAAGUUCAACAAAGUGUUCAGUAAAUUGAUGAAUGUCCAAGGUAAAGCAAUUCCUAAGAUUAGUGAAUUGGGCAUUACUGCUGAUGAAUUGAAAGAUUUAAAACAAUGGUUAACCGAAGUCAAAUCUUCUUUGAUCAAAGUCGGUUUAGAAAGCGAAUUUUUGACCAAAUUUAGUUUUGAGGCCAUCGAAAAAAAAUUAAUUGAAUCUGUCAAUAAUGGUACUUUCAACAAGUUUAGCAACAAAGAUAUUAAAGGGGUCCCCAAAGAAGCUGUAUUAUCUCCAUCUGAAUCCUACCAAUUGUUGAGCAAUCAACACUUUGAGUUGGGAGAUAGAGUUGUGUAUGUUCAAGACUUCGGAAAGGUUCCUUUCUUGUCCAAAGGUACUGUGGUCAGUAUUGAUCCAAUCGGAACAAAAGUUCAAUUAGGGGUCAUCUUUGAUUUCCCUCUUUUAAGUGGUAAUACUAUGAAUGGAAAGAUCAAAACCAAUAGAGGUUUAGUCAUUGAAUCUUCCUUUGUUUUGAACUUGACCAACAAACAGUUGAUUUACCAUUCUAAAGCCUCAAAAGCCAAACCCAUCUUGAAUCAACAAGAAAUCAUGAAGAAAAAAUUAAGCACUUUACAGAAGGAUGCCAACUUGUCAAAUACUCAUAAGAAUGAAAUUCUUAAUUUGAUAAAUUCCAAAGUCAAGCCAAGUGACUUGAAAACCGAUGGUGAUUCAAAUUCCAAUGCCAUUAAACAAAUUUAUGGUCAAAUUUAUAAUAACAUCAUGAGUGAAGGUACUGCUCCUAUGGUUCCAGGCAUUCCCAUCCCUCCGCAAUUCACUCAGCAAACAAAUGCUGCCGCUCCCCCACAAGCUGCUCAAAGAACAGAGGGCCAGCAAGAUUUCGCUAGUAGAGGUAGAGGAAGAGGAAGAGGUGGAAGAGGAAGAGGAUCCUCCAACGGACGAGGAAGAGGUGGAAGAGGUAGAGGAAGUGGUGAAAAAUAA